GGACUGAUGAAACCACGAAGAAAGGCGGUGGUUACACAGAACACAAACACACUUAUUCAGACCAGCCGCUGGACACCAGCCUUUAUAAAAAUCUUCAUAAUACUGGAGUGUGAAAACUCUGAAGCAGAACCAUGAGGUACACGUUCAAACCGGACGACUGCAUGGUGAUCACCAUCCCCCUCGGCAGCAUCAAGAAUGCCAGAGAGGGGCAGCUCAUGCCCGACAAGUUCACCUGCAGGUUCAAGGACAGUUACAAAGUGUUUCAGCAGGGUCGGCCCAAAGCACUCGGGGUGGCUCAAAUCAUCACUGCUCUUUUCAUCAUGUGUUUGGGAGGAAUCUUAUACAACUGGGAUUUAAGUCAUCCUUAUUACAUUUACCCAAGCAUCCUGUAUAUAGUGUGUGGGACUCUUGCGAUCACUGCUGGACACACUCCAUUAAUGCCCAUGAUGAAGGCAUCGUUUAUCUUCAACAUCAUAGGCAUUUGCAUAGCAGUCGUGACUCUUACCUUCAGUUUGUUUUUCAGUGCUGAAUUUCACUUUUAUGAUAGUAGGCAUACUCCAGGUUUUAAACUGUUCGUGGUGAUCAUAGUGCUGUAUGCGUUUGAGUUUCUCCUCUCUGCCAUUCUGAUCCACUGGGAGAGUAAAGCCGUGUGCCGAGCUCAUUUCAACAGCCUGCCCAUGAUCACACUGAAGCAGGACAUGUGAGCUGUGAUGGACUGAAAGUGUGACUAAAACCAUGACUUAAUAAGAAGCAGAACAAACUGUCAUCGAAUAAAUAUAACCAGGCUUUUGGGCUGCAUGCUAAUAUGCUGUUGUGUGCUGUUUCACAUGUGUGUGUAUUUUUAUAUGUAUUUUUUAUAUAAACUAUAAUAAAAAAUAACAUUUUAAUUACAGUGUUUUUAAACUUUAUGGAUUAUGAUAUUCUUGUGUUGUUUUGUAUGGCAUUGUGUAUUAAACUGUAUGUUGACAACA